AUGGACGCCUGGGACCCCGACCCCAGCCAAGGACCCUUCGGCCCGGGAGAACCCAGGGAUCCAGCCUCUGUUGGGCACAGUCUUCUCUCUGGUUCCUCUUUCAGCUCCUCAAGGGCCAGUGCCUGGUCCUCUGAGAGUAGUGUUGGGGAUUCUGGAGUGUCCAGGGAUGUGUCAGAGGCUUUCACUGUUGCCCAGGUACAGAUCCGAAAGCAGAAUGCUAUCACAGAGAGAGAAAGAAGGAAACGAAUCUCUGUAAGUUGUGAACGGCUUCGGAUCUUGCUGCCAAAGUUUGAGGGUCGUCGAGAAGACAUGGCCUCCAUCCUGGAGAUGGCUGUGCAGUAUCUAAAGCUUGCUCGAACCCUUGUGCCCACAGAAGAACAGAGCACUAUUCUCGCUCCCUCAGAGGAGGUGUGUCAGAAGUGGCAGAAGAAUGUGUUGAUUCCAAAUGCCAGCAAGCAGAUUUCAGAGACGAGAGCCUUUGAUACAGCUAGACAAAGAGGAUCCCCAAACUGCCCGACUUCUCCUAUGGAAAAUAGUAAACCAGCACUGAUGUUGGGUGAGCCUGUGGAUAAUGCCUUGGAAGACACAUGUUCUGUCUUUGAAAAAGGGCCUUCAGAUCUAGCCCUGCUGCCUCAAGACCUGAGUCUCUCUGAUACUCCUGUGCGUUCCUGUGGAAGGAGCCCUUCUCUGCCUUGGCCAGCUGUUCCUCUAGAGACCUCAGCAGUGGGGAGAUGGCCAAGUGUGGUAGGGCUCUGUCCUGGGGAAGUCAUGUCUCAAGCACAGCUACUGAGAAAUACACAUGAGCCUUCUGAUGUCCUGAUGAUAUCCCCUCUGGAUACCAGGUCAAUGUCAGAAUCUGAAGUAGAAGAUGAGACGCCUUUCCUGCUGGGUGCUCACACUGACCAAUGGCUUGGAGAUCAAGGACCCCAGGGUGCCAAAGGUGGUGAAACCCAAACCUGUUCCAGGACAACCCCACUCAUGAUGGAUACCAAGACUGGUUCCCAAGAUGGGCUUCUCUCCAAAUCAGACCUGGAGUUCCUGCCUGAACCUGAGUUCUGCCUCCCAGAGUCUCAGAGGAGCCUCCUGGACCAUUUGGAAUUUGAUUCAACCUCUGUGGCCCUAACUCCUCAGGAAGAAGUGGACAGUAUAUUUCCUUAUCUCUUUCCCUAUGAGUUAUGA